AUGAUACUUCCGAACGCAAAUGAGACCGUUGCCGCCAACAUCGGGGAUAAGGUGGGUAGCGGAGUUUUGAGAGAUAUGACGAGUUUUAAUUUCACCGAAAAAGAUAAUAAUAAAGUGCAAUCUUUCACUGUUCCAGAAAACACACCAAAGCAACUUUUCUACUUUGACCAAAAUAACUGCGCCAGAGGAAUGUACGGCGUCAUCAACAUUAAUACCGCUGUCCUGUCGUCAUCUAAAAGCCCCUCCCCUACGACCUCCGAAAAAUCUACGAAAUCAAAUUCGAAUUCUCCGACUGAUCCGAGUCUUUUCAAUUCCUCUGAUGCGGCAAGUUCAGGUAGCGGCAUAUCGCUGAUAAUAGUGUUGGUGACCGUUGGAAUCGUGCUGGGUUUAGUGUUGUGCAUUGCGGGAUUUAUGAUCUAUCAUCGUAGCACAAGACAGUCGGGGAAUGGUGAAAAUUAUCUAUCAUCAAUGUCACCAUCGCACAUAGAAAUCAUCAGAGAGGAUUCAAUUGUGAGAAUCACUAGCCCCAUUGAACCAAAUAGAAGUAGAUUGUUAGUGCCACCCAGUCUAGCAAAUUCGGGAUCCACUAUGACAAACAUACCGAGAUCGAGUGGAAUGGCAUGGCAAAGUAGGCCAAACAGCUCGCUGUCAUAUUCUCUGACGACAUCAUUAAGGGGUCCAUCACCAACAUCAACGCGGCGAGUUUCAAAUUUAUCGUGGAACGGUGUGUCGUCAUCAUCGUCAUCGUUCACGCAAAGUGUUCAGAGAGUAAAUUUCACUGAAGAUUCUAGGCUUGAAAUCGAUAAUUCAGCACAGGAUGCUGAGACAACGACGGAAAACCAUGGAGCAGAGGUAGUAGGCGAAAGUGAGAGGAACGAAGGAGCGGAAUUUGAUCCGGAGGUGAUGCGAAGAUUAACUGCGAGAGAAACGGAUUUUUCAAAUUAA